AUGGCGAUGUGGUAUUCGCUCGGUAUUGCGUUCUUCGCUGCUAUCGGCACUUUUUUGUUUGGGUUUGAUACGGGUAUCGCGACGACGACUAUCGCGCACCAAAGUUGGAUUGAUUAUAUGAAAAAGCCCUCCAAUGGCUUAACCGGAGCUGUGGUGGCCGUGUAUAUUGCCGGUGAGGCCGGCGGUGCUUUGACGCAGACCUUCAUCGGUGAUAAAUUAGGUCGCAUCCGAUUCAUGCAGCUGAUGUGCGUGAUCGUGACCAUUGGCACCAUCAUUCAGACUGCCUCUGUAAACAUCGGCAUGUUCCUCGCUGGUCGCGCACUAGCCGGCUACGCAGUCGGUGGUAUGGUCGCCACGGUACCAAUCUACCUCAGCGAAAUCUCCGACCCACGUUUCCGCGGCCUGAUCGGUGGUAUCUCCGGCUGCGGUAUCUCCUUUGGCACCAUGAUGUCCAACUGGGUCGGUUUCGCCUGCAGCUAUGCCUCCUACGGCCCCGUACAGUGGCGUCUCCCUCUCGGAAUCCAGAUCCCCUGGGGCGUGAUCAUGUUCGUCGGCUUGGCAACGUUUAUGCCCAACUCACCGCGUCAGUUAAUCCGUAACGGGAAGAUUGAGGAAGCGCGAACUGAGUUUUCGCGGAUUCGACGGGGCGUGAAUUUGCAUGAGGUUGAGGAGGAGUUUAUGCUUAUGCAGGCGCAGAUUGAGUAUGAGAUGGAGAGGGAGAUUACGAGCUAUCGCGAGAUUUUUAAACUUUUCCGUCGUCGGGUUUUGGUGUCCAUUGCUGUGCAGACUAUGACUAGUCUGACUGGCGUCAACGUGAUUCAGUACUAUCAAAGUGAGCCUCGCCUCGUGCAGAUCUCCGAUAUCCAACCAAUUCUGUACAAAUCCCUCGGCAUUGGCUCACACCAGAUUCUCGCCCUUGCUGCCGUCUACGGCACCAUCGCCUUCCUUUCAAACGCUAUCACUACAAAGUUUAUGACGGAUCAGUGGGGCCGCCGCAAGAUGCUUAUCACCGGAUUGGCGGGCAUCGUGCUCAUCGAGAUCUACGCCGCUGUUAUGCAGCGCGAGUUCCAGAAUACCAAUAACCGGGUUGGCAAGGGCUUUGCUAUUCUGGGGAUUUAUCUUUUCGUCGUGUGCUACUAUGGUAUGCUCAACAGCACAACCUGGCUCUACGGUGCAGAGGUCCUACCCAUCGCACUUCGCAGCAAAGUGAUGGGUCUCGCGGCUGCCUCACACUUUAUCGUCAAUGUUGCCAUCACCGAGGCUGGGCCCAGUGCAUUUGCCAAUAUACACGAGAACUACUACUACGUCUUCGUAGUGUGUUCCGCAUUUUUCCUUGUCAUUGCAUACUUUUACUUCCCCGAAACUAAGCAAAAGACCCUUGAAGAAGUCGCUGCUUCCUUCGGCGACCGGGUUGUCCUGGCUGAUGAGGCUCCUAAGCGAGUCUCCGUUGCAGGAAAGGCUGAUCACAUUGAAUCGGCCGACCCGUCCGCCUCAGCGUCGGCAUCAGCUUGA